ACAGCUGCAUACCUCGAUUAUAAGGAAGGAGCUCACCAGGUGUACUGUAUAUCGCAGAAGACUAGCCCCAGGGUUUUGUCACAUAUAAGGCAGAGCUGCGCUCUGACUCCAUCACGAAAAAGACGAGAAAGUGUUUGGAAACCAGGGUUUAGAAAUAGCCUGGCAUUCGGAUUAUGAUGACAUAUUACAUCUGGAAUCUUUAAGAUUGUUUCACCAUGUAUCAUCUGAUAGCAAUCCUUGCUAUACUGCUUUCUGGGACAUCAAAUGCUGCCUCAAGUGUCCUAAGCCGACACAAGAGAGGCUGGAUCAUCGACUCCUUCAGUAUUGUGGAGGAACAUCCUGGUCCUUUUCCAUAUGUCCUUGGCACUGUUAAGGUUGACCGAAGCUACAAAGUAAUUUUUGAACUAACUGGCGAUGGUGUGGACAAGGACCCAAAAGGACUCCUCAGCAUUGACCAGAACACUGGAGUCAUUGCAGUCCAUCGCAAAAUUGAUUAUGAAGUGGUUCAGACCCUCAUGCUGCAGUUUAGAGCCAGGAAUGUGUCCAAUAUGGCAGUUGACACCCAACUUGGAGUAGAGAUCCACAUUUUGGACAUAAACGACAACCCUCCCAAAUUUCAGCACAAGGAGUAUCCAAUCACAAUUAAAGAAUCAAAACGUCAAGAUGCAUUAAUCAUGACUGUUCUGGCAAGUGACUUUGACAAGCGAGGCAGCCUGAAUUCCACCAUCAAGUACAGAAUAAUUUCUACGACUCCCAGGACUCAAGAUGCAGAGUUCCACAUGAAAGAAAAUGGCACAAUAUUCCUUAAGGGAUGCUUGGAUUAUGAGAAAGCCCAGACAUACACAAUCAUAGUUGAAGCGAAAGACUGUGGAGUUGCUCCUCUUUCAAGCACAUGCAAAGUCAUCAUUAAUAUUCAAGACUGGAACAAUCACUUUCCCAUUUUUACCGGUCAUACAGGAACAGGAAGAGUGAAGGAAAGGGAGACAGGACAAACAUUUCUCCGUGUGCAAGUAGAUGACAAAGAUAGUAGGGGCUCCUCAGCAUGGAAGGCAAAGUAUACAAUACAUGGAGACACCGGAAAGAACUUCCACAUUGAAACAGACCCGGAAACAAAUGAGGGAAUCCUGUCUGUUGUUCGGGCCCUCGACUUUGAAGAAGGAUCCGUGAGGAACCUGUCCAUCAGUGUGGAGAAUGAGACACCAUACUUCUCAUGUGUGGUGAAGGAGAGGCCCCCUCAAGGGCCCUGGAAGGUGGAUUACUUUGACAGCAGGUCAGGGCAGGGGGAUGUUUUCCGAUCCGCCAUGGAAAAAAUCUCCGUUAUUGUGGAGGAUGCCAACGACCCCCCAGAGUUCGUCUGCCCCCUUGGAGAUGUCAUGGUGGAGGAGAACACCAAGCCUGGGCAUCUGCUGCAAACAUUUAUUGCUGUGGAUAAGGACAAGAGUUUCAAUAAUGAUUUUGUGUAUUUGAAAGGCUCUGAUCCUGCAGGCUGGGUGAAUGUAGGUCCUCAAGAUGGAAAAAUCACCACAGCUGAAGUAAUUGACAGGGAGUCAAACUAUGUGAAAAACAACACCUACACUAUAACCCUCUAUGCAGUCAGUAAAGGGGUGCCUCCAAUGACUGGAACAGCCACACUCAACAUCCACCUCAUAGACCAAAAUGACAAUGUUCCAAAGCUGGAAAGCCAUAUGCUGUCGAUGUGUCUGUCUGCCAGUGUGGCCAACAUCACAGCCUACGACCUGGAUGAAGACCCAUAUUCUGGCCCCUUCCACUUUGAACUCCUGGGAGACGUAAAGGGCCGGUGGAGGCUUGACCCCAGUUUUGGGAGGACUGUUAACCUGAUAAAGGAGGAAGCGGUCUAUGCCGGGUCUCACAAUCUGCUACUGAAGAUCUCAGACGCACAGGGCGAAUUUCUGCAGCAGAACCUCACCAUGACGGUGUGUGACUGCUCCACUGUUCCCAACUGCCACGCCCGCAGAGUCAUCUCUGUCACUCCUGGGGGUGGGACAGUUGGGAUUGUGAUUGCUUCCCUAUUCCUGUUGCUGGGUGUCCUACUAUUGGUAAUAUUUGUAUCCCGUGGGAGAGACAGAAGAAUGUUUCUUGUUGCUCUCGGUCCUGGAGAAACAUUGCUUAAAUCCAAUAUUGAAACCCCUGGAACUGACUGUGAGGUUCCAGAUGCUCAAAUGAUCCAAAAUGGAAGGUAUCAUGAAGUGAUGUCGGCCCAGUCAAAUGCCAGAAACAGUACAUUCCAACAGGAAGCAAACAGCCAGUUGAGAUUUCAGGAUUUGUCCACAUACAAAAACUGUCAGGUUUCUCAGCCAUAUGCAGCAGCUGAUGCCUUUCAGAGAGGCAGCAUGCGAUCUCAGAGCAUGAAGGGACACUUUCAGAGAACAUUAUUCAGAGGAGGGAAUUCUUCAUUCAGAAAACAAAAUAUUUCAGCAAAGUAUGAAGUACUGCUCUCAAUACUAAACCAGAAAAUAACCUCCAUCCAUGGCCAGGAAGAUGACAUCAUUAAGUAUGAACCCCAUGUGUAUAAUGAUGAGGGGACCGAUGGCAGGGAUGACAUCCAGCUGGAUGCCAUCUCCAUCUCUGAGGUCAAGUUCGACCCAGAUGAGCUUCUUCACCUAGGCCCCCGUUUUAGCAACCUGGCAGCUUUGUGCAGCCCCCCAGCGACGUCGGCCUUUAACACUCACACUAAGCCCUAACCUACACACAGCGACGUCGGCCUUUAACACUCACACUAAGUCCUAACCUACACCCAGCGACGUCGGCCUUUAACACUCACACUAAGUCCUAACCUACACCCAGCGACGUCGGCCUUUAACACUCACACUAAGUCCUAACCUACACCCAGCGACGUCGGCCUUUAACACUCACACUAAGUCCUAACCUACACCCAGCGACGUCGGCCUUUAACACUCACACUAUGCCCUAACCUACACACAGUGACGUCGGCCUUUAACACUCACACUAAGUCCUAACCUACACCCAGCGAAAUCGGCCUUCAACACUCACACUAAGCCCUAACCUACACCCAGCGACGUCGGCCUUUAACACUCACACUAAGCCCUAACCUACACACAGUGACAUCGGACUUUAACACUCACACUACGCCCUAACCUACACCCAGCGACGUCAGGCUUUAACACUCACACUAAGCCCUAACCUACACCCAGCGACGUCGGCCUUUAACACUCACACUACGCCCUAACCUACACCCAGCGACGUCAGGCUUUAACACUCACACUAAGCCCUAACCUACACCCAGCGACGUCGGCCUUUAACACUCACACUAAGCCCUAACCUACACCCAGCGAAAUCGGCCUUUAACACUCACACUAAGCCCUAACCUACACCCAGCGACGUCAGCCUUUAACACUCACACUAAGCCAUAACCUACACCCAGCGACAUCGGCCUUUAACACUCACACUAAGCCCUGAUCUACACCAAGCGACGUCAGCCUUUAACACUCAUACUAAGCCCUAAUUUACACCCAGCGACGUCGGCCUUUAACAGACACACUGAGCCCUGAGCGUAAUAUGCCACCUAAAGGGCAGGAAGGCUCAAAUUUUGGUGGACAGGGAAGAAUGCAGAUCAUUUCCAAAAUGUGGGCAUAUUUUGAUUACAUUUUGCCUUAACUGUUUGCGAAGGGUACAAAUAGGUUUAGCAUUAUUGGGCAUUUCAGGAACAGAGGCUACAAAGCAAUAAGCAACCGGCUGAGCAAAAAGAGUCACAGUGUACUAACCUGGUUGGUAAUAACAAAAACUUGGUUUGGAUUUGUAGCUUCUAAACCUGAAAUCCCCAACAACGAGUACUAGAAUACUCUACUGGCAUUAAAUGUGCCACAAACAAGGAUCUGAAUAACGUAUGUAUAUAGCUAUAAAUGAAUCUUAUUUUGGUAGUUUUUUCUGGAAGCGGUAUUAGAAUAGAAAAAGCAAAAGUAAAUUCUCACUUGAAUACUGUUUUUCAGGAGAAGGUUGAGGUGCUUGUCCAGUUUGCCAGUAAGAAACAGUCAAGUAGCUUUCUACUUCAUAAUGGGGUUUGAAAGGACCUGCUUUCUCCUGUGGUAGAGAGGAAAGCAUGUUUCUUGUGAAAUCUGCAUUUCUGCAGUAUAAGGGUGCAGGUUUCAUGAAUGCAAUAUUUUCAGGGGCAUGCUGAUGUUUCUAGGUACAGGUAAAAAUAACAAAUGAUGACUACUGAGGAUUAAAGUGGCAUAAAUUAUCUGCUCAUAAAUUAUCUGCUUCAAAAUAUCCAUUUAGACAAAGAUAAUCUAUAAAUUAGAGAUGUACAUUAAAGUUAAGCAAACCGUCUAGAAGCACAAUGGCCCGACAGCUGUUGCUCUCCUAACAGAGUAGAAGUAAAACAGCAGAGCAGGCCCAUGAGAUGCCGACAGCAUGAUGGAAGAAAGGAUAGGUGGGGUAUUGCCACUGUGACUGUGGCAUUAAAAUGUAUGUAAUCGAAAACAAGACUGUUGUUUUAUGUACUUGCAGAUACAACGUUCCUCUUGGUCGUUUCUUCAUGAAUGAACAAUAAAAUGGUCAAUGUUUAUUUUUUGUAUAUUAAACAGUACGAAAUAGAGGGGAAAACAAUUCUAAACAAGCGAUCCAUAACCAUAUACAUGUUGAUAUUUGGUCAAUGAUUUUUGUUCCAUACCCGCAUUCUCUCUCAAACACACACACACACAGUCAAAUGGUUAAUAACAUCUUAUACACCACUGAAAACUUAAAAUACAUAUAGUUCACCCAUUUCAUAGGCACUAGACAGAAUGAGAUGGACGAUUGUCACAUCGAGUGUGUAACAUGAUAAAGCUGUCUUACAGCCAAACACAAAUGCUCCAGCUUAUUUGCAACAUCAACAUGAUGACGAAUUGUGCUAUCCUGUUUUGUACUGUUAUAUUAUUAUAGAUCAAUGCAUUUACAAACAGUUGAAACAUAAUUUCUAAAUAAAUAAACUCAUUUUCAGAUGUC